AUGAGGAACUUCAGCUCCAUGAAGAGGAAAGUCUUCAGACUCUGAGCCGACUCUCAGCUUCAGAGGACAUUGAGCUGCAGAAGACAGCGGCCAUGUUUUAUCUACAGCUCAGUCAUCACUUGAACUCUCCUCUCCCAGACGCAUUGUUGGAGCCGGUCAUGAACUUACUGCUAUCAUCUGACCUGGAUGUUCAGAAGACCAUCUCUCUGUCUUUAGUCAAUCUGUUAGUGAAGAACAACGAGCCUCUGUGGUUGAGAUGGGGAUGCUGGUUCCGCUCCUGGAUCUGAUCCGGUCCGGAGACUCCAGCGCUCAGAGCCACUCCUGCGCCUGCGUCGUCCUCCUCGCCUCCUCAGAGUCGAACAGAGAGGCUGUAAUGUUGGAGGGAGUGAAGCCUCUGCUGGCUUUAGCCAAAUCCUACGACUCUCGAGAGCAGCAGGUGGCCUCCUGGGCUCUGCUGCACCUCACACACUCAGAUUGGUCCAGGAGGCUGCUGGGUGAUGCGGGGGGGUUCCCGGUUCUGGUUCUGCUGCUGCAGGGCUCAGACUCAGAGGUCCAGUUCUACAGCUGCUCCGCCCUCUGCAACAUCUCUUCUGCUCGGGAGCUCCACCGGAAGCUGCUGAGCAUCGGGAGUCACUUCCUGUUGAAGUCCCUGCUGACGCUCGCCUCCUCCUCCGUGCAAAAGGCCGUCCUGGUGAGCGAGGGUCUGCUGGAGGAAGUGGGUCAGCUGCUUCUUCAUCCCACAUGCAGCUCCGUCAUCAUCACACACAGCUGCAGGAUCAUCACUGACCUGAGCAGCUGCAGCGAGGGUCAGCAGGCUGUGAUGGAGGCUCGCUGUUUGUCAGGACUCCUCGGCGCUCUUCUGUCUCCGUCUCUGACUGAUGACACUUUAAUACAUCUGACGUCAUGCUUGCAAAACCUCAUGACACAACAUCCACUUCAGUCUGAGUUGUCGGUCAUGAUAACAUCAGAGCACGUUUCCAGACUUGUGAAGUUAUCGGGACGAUCACAAAACCCUCAGUUAUCGUACAACAGUGCGGCCGUCAUCGGCAGACUGGAAAUGACAGGAGAGACGCUCCAGCUGCUGAAGCCUCACUACGUCGCCAUGUUGGAGUACCUGUCGGUGCUUCUCCAAAAUAAAGAUUUAAAGUUCCAGCAGCUUGGCUUAGUGACGAUAUCCAACCUCAAGACAGGUGCUCCUGCUCCUCUCUCUCUCGUUGUUGUCGCUCCUCUCUCUCUCGUUGUUGUAGCUCCUCUCUCUCUCGUUGUUGCCUCGCCUCUCUCCUCCUCUCAGCCAGGAGACGAGAGGCCUGCCCGGCGUCUGUGGUCCCGGCUGAGGGUCGACACGUGACUUCAGGAGGCUGGGGAUCUGCAGGGAGAGGCUUUUGAGGAGGACCUGAAGAGAGAAUAAUA